CCCAGACUACCUCCCCUGCCGCUGCCCAUUGUCCCUCACUGCCCACUCCAUGGCAGGUGCGAUGGGCCCUUGUGUGGCCUGCGGGUCAGUCUCAAAGUACAAAUGCCCCACAUGCUACGACCCGACCUGCUCACUGGCCUGUUCCAAGGAGCAUCGCCAGACUCACACUACACCAGCUGCGCCCAACGCCUCCUCGUCUUCCUCGUACUCAUCCUCAGCAGCAGCAGCCGCCGCUCCACCUCUGCAGAAAGCUCACGCAAGCGCUUCUUCCACUGCAGUUGAUCGCCUCAAGACCAACACAUACGUCCCCCUCAAUUCCUACGACGAGAAUCAGUUCCUCCACGACUACCACUUCCUCAGCUCCAUCGGCCGCAAAGUCUCCUCGGUCGGCUCCGCCCUCCUCUCUCAGGGGCUUCUGCCCCAGCAAAUAGAAGCCAACCUCUCCGCCGUCCAUCCCGGUAGCUCUUCACAAGCUCGUCAAAAUGGCGAGAAGCCAGCUGGGCCGGCCUUCAGACCCGACUUUGAGACGGUGAAGCGCUUGAGACAUCGCGAGGCUCUCAAGGAGGAGAUGAAGAAGAGGAGAUGCAAGGUCAUGUGGCUGCCCGAGGGUAUGGGCAGGGAGAAGGAGAAUAGGACAAAGUGGGACGAGAGGGGGAAGAAAGUCAAGUUCAGCCUUGAAGUCGCCUACUUCACCUCUCCCUCUCCCUCUGCGUCGUCAUCAUUGCCUCCUGCAGUGGUGGACGGUGACAGUGCAGAGGGCCAGAAGAAGAGGAAGCUCUACCACGAUUUGCCGGGGAUGCUUCCCCUCCAGGUCAAGCUUAUGAGCGAGUGGGAGCGUGAGAGCUGGAAGUGGGCUAGCAAAGAGUGGAAGGAGGAGCACGAGGCAAAGCAGGCAGAUCUACCCGAGAAUGCCGAAGGAUCUCGCCCAAAUGGCAAUGGUCAUUCGGCAGCUGGACCUUCGUCAAAGAGGGGACGAAAGAGAAAGAGGGGAAGAGGUGGCGGCGCACAACAUGAGGCCUUUCCUCACAAUGUCCCUGCCAAUGGCGAGCCUCAGAUCACCGACAAGACCGAAGUGGGGUCUAACGAGGAGGCUGUUGCCGAUCCUGAAGCUGCAACCCCUCAUCAGCACCAGCCAAAGACAUUCCACAUCUCGGACUACGUACUCUCCCUGUAUGGUCUCCUUCUUUCAAGCCGUUCAACCGAAGCGCUCUCCGACGACGAGCUCAAGGAGUUCCAGACACCCAAGCCAUACACCACUCUACCGCCUUUGGUCCUCCUAGCCGUACAGGUGCACGAGGUACGAUUGCGCAACGAGAGCUCGGCAAAGUACCUCGAGUGGUGGGCGCGAAAGGGGAAAGACAUGCAAGAAGGCGAGGGCGACGAAGAUGAACCUGCAGUUGAGUGGGAAGACAGACCUCAGGGUCCUCCGGCUGGACCGCGAGCUCUGAUGCCGUCGGUACGUGGGCAGACGCAGGAUGGAGGUUGGCCCAAGAGGGAGCGAAAUACGCAAAUUGCUCAACCGGGGCAAGCGGUGGUCGAUGUACCUCCCUCUGGACCCAGGAGUCAACAAGCGCCACCGACGGGCCCUCGAAGCCAGCGUAUCGCUCAGCAACCUCUGGAGUUGGCGCAGGAGACUGUUCAGGAGAGCCCUGUUCCCGAAAUCACCAGCGUCGCUCCGGCAUCAGCGCCGCUCCUCUCCCAUUCGCUCCUCUCCAGCUUAUCAGCAAGAUUAGGGGCAACUCGUCCUCCUCCCCCUCCAAAGGCCGAGAUCCUUGCGCCAGCACCUAUCACGGAAAACGUGUCGAACAUCGCCCCCGCUUCAACCCCCGCACCUGCCGCGUCUCCCUCUACCUCUCCUCCUCAGAAGAGAAGACCCAAACCCCUCCUCUACCCGCUGCCUAAGCGCUUCCUCGGCCUGGAAGCUCUACUGAGGUCUAUACCUAGGGAGCACGCCGUCGUUGAGUAUGCGAGGGUUGAAGUGUGGAACAAGAAGGAGUUUAAGGAGGCGGAAAGAAUGGGAGUGGUUGGGGUUGUGAGACAUGAAGGGCAGGAAGAGGAAGAGGAAGAGGGGGAGGAAGAGGAGGAAGGAGAGGGGGAGAAUGUUCAGCAUGAGAAAAGGUCCAUUCAGGAGAAUGACCGGAAGGACGUGGCAGCGCCAUUGGCAGCAGACCGGACGCUAGAGCAGAAGACGCAGCAGCCCGCCACCUCGAGCCCUGCUCCUGCGGCUGCCUCUGCUCCCGCUUCAAGCUCGACCCCAGCCUCGAGACCCGUACUCUCCUUGGUCGGGUACGACUCCGAUUCUGACUCCGGCUCUGACUCGGGAGAGGGGCAGGAAGAGGAGGAGGCAGUGCCACCAAAGGCAGCUCGGCUAAGCACAGCAGCUCCUGCUCCUCUCGCUCUCUCUCACCGGUCAGAACCGGCGAAGACGCUCGCUCAAGCCGAGCUUCUUGACGGCCACAGUAGCAGCACUCAUCGGCAGGCUCGCCUGGAUGCCGAAGCAGAAGAAGACGAGGAGGCAGAUGAAGGCGAAGAGGAAGAAGUCGAGGGCAGGGGAGCCGGUGGGCUAGCGGGUAUAGCUCGGAUGCUAGGAAUGAUCCCGCCGCCGACUACUUCUACUGCUGCUGCUGUCACUGGUGAAGCAGCUGGUCGGGACUCUCUACUGCCGGCGUCAGAGGUGGAGAAGCAGGUGCAGCCGACUCGUAUGGGGAAUGAGGAGGAGGAGGAAGUGGACUGGGAGAUGGAGUAGCGGAUCUUCGCCUCCUUGAAACAUUGCUAUACCUGUGACAUGAAUCCAACAGCGCUAGUCACUUCGGCCCCUUAUCACCGUCCUUUAUCACCGUCCUGAGCAUUUGUCUCGUUUUGCGAGGAAUACUCAGCGUCGAC